AUGAAGCGGGGGAGAAUAGAUUCACCAUUAUCACCCGCAGCGCAUCAUUCAUCAUCUGCUCCUCUUCCUCUUGACGUUUGUGGGAGUGACCAUACUAUUCAUACUAAUACGGAUACUCAUAGUAGUACUAGUAAUAGUAAUAGUAAUAAUAAUAGUAGUAGUAGUAGUAAUGCUGCUGCUAUUACAGUAGCUGGAGUACUGCAGCGUGUGGAGAAGCGUGGUAGUAAUGGGAAUGUAGUGGUGAACUCACCAUACGGUUCCUCUCGUGCACAUUAUGGAUGGGGAGAUCUUUUUCAUCCUCCACGCACUGCACAUAUCGCGGGGUAUUCAAAUAUUCAUAUCGGUAUUAGUUCUCUUAACGGUGUACCAGGGAAAGAUCGGCGAAUGCCAACACUUCUUGCACAGUACAGUAAGAAAUUCCAUUGUCUGGAGCACUGCUAUACAUAUCAUAAUAUCAGCGAUGAGGGAAUGUGGAGAAUGUGGAAAGAGAUGUGUGUACCACAUUCAUCAGAAAUGAGUGGCCAUUCACAAUCCAUUUCCACAGAAGGUAAGAAAGUAACAUUACAGGUCAAAGAAAAAGAUGAUAUUGUUAAUAUGAAAAGUAAUGAGAAUAAAUCAUCACCUAUGAAUGAAGUGAAAACGGAUUCACAGCGUCAACAUUUUAUCUACACUAUUAAAGCAAAUCAAUUCUUAACACAUACUCGUAUGCUUGCUAUUGAUAAAGAGGUAGAAGAACACAUUAUUGAUUUCUUUGGAAAACGAUGUCCCCUUCUAGAAGAUCACCUUGGACCAGUACUUCUUCAACUUCCUCCACAAUUUCAUAAAAACUCUGAGAAUAUAAAUCGCAUUAAAGGUAUUGCGUCCCGUAUUCCGAAAACUAUUCGUAUUGCUGUGGAGUUUCGUCACCGUUCAUGGUAUUGUGAAGAGAUACAUAAUCUCUUACGUUGUGUUGGAUGGGCAUUAGUUGUGGCACAUCACCACAAUGAUCCCACUGGAUCUAUUCAUAUUGAUACAGGUGUACCCUUUAUGUAUGUUCGUAUGCAUGGGGCUACUGGUUUACAUGUUGGAGAUUACGGACCCGAUCGACUGUUGGAAUGGGCAGAAUGUAUUGUUAACUUUAUCCGCGGAGGUGGAAAAGGAACAGCAGGAGAGAAAGAAAAACGUGAGGUUUUUUUCUUUUUUAAUAAUAGUGAUUCUCACAUUGGUGGAGUCACAAGCUCAACCGUGGAUGCUACUUUUUUGGCAGAAAAGGUGCAGACACUUUUGAAUAGUGAGAAGAAAACUUCCACAGUGGUGGAUAAUCAAAUGAAAGAUAUCAAUAGUAUUAGCAAUAGCGAUCUUGCCUCCGUUGAUGACGUGACGGUUAUCAGUGACUAA